CUUGGAACAGACGUUCCUUCCUUUUACGGCGACGCUUUUGCUCCCAGCAUCCACCCGAUCGCCGCUUCCUAUCCCAUCUCCCAUUUCCCUGAUACAUUGAUCUGAAAAAUCUGACCGGCGAGGAGCCAUGGAUAGCUUGAUCUCCCUCGUCAACAAACUCCAGAGAGCUUGCACCGCUCUGGGAGACCACGGGGAGGAGAACGCUCUGCCCACCUUGUGGGAUUCGCUACCUGCGAUCGCCGUCGUUGGUGGACAGAGCUCUGGUAAAUCUUCUGUACUUGAAAGCAUAGUCGGGAAGGACUUUCUACCAAGGGGUUCAGGAAUUGUCACUAGACGCCCCCUAGUUCUUCAGCUGCAUAAAAUUGAUGGACACAGAGAGUACGCCGAAUUCAUGCACCUUCCAAGAAAGAGGUUCACAAAUUUUGCCCUUGUUAGGAAGGAGAUCCAAGAUGAAACAGAUAGAGAAACUGGACUUAACAAGCAAAUUUCACCUGUUCCAAUUCACCUUAGUAUUUAUUCUCCCAACGUUGUGAAUUUGACACUAAUUGAUCUUCCUGGACUUACAAACGUUGCAGUUGAGGGACAACCUGAUAGUAUCGUAGCUGAUAUUGAGAAUAUGGUCCGUUCAUAUAUUGAGAAGCCCAAUUGUAUAAUUCUUGCUAUUUCACCAGCCAAUCAAGAUCUUGCCACAUCUGAUGCAAUUAAGAUAUGCCGUGAAGUUGAUCCUAAGGGUGAGAGAACACUUGGUGUGCUUACUAAGAUUGAUUUAAUGGACAAGGGUACUGAUGCUGUUGAAAUACUGGAAGGGAAAUCAUAUCGUCUACAAUUCCCUUGGAUCGGUGUUGUUAAUCGUUCUCAAGCUGAUAUUAACAAGAAUGUGGACAUGAUUGCUGCUAGAAGAAGAGAGAGAGAAUAUUUUGCAAAUUCACCAGUAUACAAGCAUCUAGCUCACAGGAUGGGGUCUGAGCAUUUGGGGAAAGUUCUCUCAAAGCAUUUGGAGCAAGUAAUUAAAUCUCGAAUUCCAGGCAUCCAAUCUCUUAUAAGUAAAACACUUGCUGAACUAGAAGGUGAAUUAACUCGUCUAGGAAAACCAGUUGCUGCAGAUGCUGGUGGUAAGUUGUAUGCGAUUAUGGAAAUUUGCAGAAUCUUUGAUCAAAUUUAUAAGGAUCACCUUGAUGGCGUGCGACCUGGUGGUGAAAAAAUUUAUAAUGUUUUUGAUGCACAACUCCCUGCGGCUCUUAAGAGAUUACAAUUUGACAAGCAACUUUCAAUGGAGAAUGUAAAGAAACUUAUCACUGAAGCUGAUGGUUAUCAACCUCACUUGAUAGCUCCUGAGCAAGGAUACCGACGCCUCAUUGAAUCUUCAUUGGUUUCUAUAAGAGGUCCUGCUGAGGCAGCUGUUGACGCGGUUCACGCUUUACUGAAGGAGCUAGUUCAUAAGGCUGUUAGCAAGACUCCAGAGCUCAAGCAAUAUCCUACGCUGAGAAUAGCAGUUGGGAAUGCAGCUUUUGAAUCAUUGGAGAGAAUGAGGGAAGAAAGCAGGAAAGCAACUCUUAAGCUAGUGGAUAUGGAGUGCAGUUAUCUCACAGUAGAUUUCUUCCGAAAGCUUCCUCAAGAUGUUGAGAAAGGCGGAAGCCCAACACUUUCUAUUUUUGACAGAUACAAUGACUCGUAUCUAAGACGUAUAGGAACUACUGUUCUGGCAUAUGUCAACAUGGUGUGUGCAAGCUUGCGAAACUCUAUUCCUAAGUCUAUUGUUUACUGUCAAGUGCGGGAGGCAAAGCGCUCCUUGCUUGAUCAAUUUUUUACUGAGUUGGGCAAAAAGGAGUCUAAGCAGUUGGGAUCAUUAUUGGAUGAAGACCCAGCAAUUAUGGAGCGUCGAGCUGCCCUUGCAAAAAGAGUGGAACUCUACAGAAGCGCCCAAGCUGAGAUUGAUGCAGUGGCAUGGACAAAGUAGGCACCAAUUGGAAAUAUAAAAUUUUCUCGCAUCCAAAUGUUUACUGAGAAAAUAUAGUUUAUACACUUCAUAUGAUAAUUAAUAGUUAGUUUCAUCUUUGUAUUAUCUUGUCGGUUGAUUAUUGUACCGAGUCGCAGCAAAUUAGUUCUGAUAAAAAGUAUCUGGUGCAAGGCACAAGCUGACCUGCUGCCAGAUAUAAAUAAUAAUUUUCUUUUUGAAUGAAUUGUGUUUCUGUUGUCUUAAUGUUUUUUAUUCAAAUUAUAGAAA